AUGGACACGGCGAGAUUCGAACCCGCAUCUCCUUACCUCUGCAGCGACAAGGAGUCUUACCAAUGCAGCUCUUAUCCCGGUCGCAGACCGCGUGGCCGCUUAGACCACAUGCCCAGUGAAUUGAUAGGAUCGGCGCUGCUGAACACUAUUAUAAACGCUGGGGUUGUGGGCGUAGUUCGCUGGAUGAACGUGAACUUGAACGUGUGUAGUAAAGCGAGAUUCGAACCCGCAUCUUCCUUGCCUCCGGAGAAAGCAGGGUAUCUUACCAAUGGUGACUCCCAGAAGAAGUCCUUCCUGUUUUGGGCCCUUCCUCUUACAGAAGGGCCCAAAACAGGAAGGCCUUCUUCUGGGAGUCCGCUUAGACCACAUGCCCUUGUACUUGAUGAAAACGACUGCAACAAGAAAAAGAUAAACACAGAUAUUGUUCGGUCUGUGAAUUCUAAGAAGAAGGUGUCAGCUCAUGGACACGGCAAGAUUUUAAACCAAAUUUCUCUAUCGCUAUACAGCGGAGCGUCUGACUAUGGAGCUGCCGCUCACUUAGCCAGUCCCCCUAGACAACAUGCCCUUGGCUUUGUCGAGAAACAUCGCACGAGGCUCAUGCUCGAAUAUGUUCCAAUCUUUAGGCCAACAGAGAGCAAGAAAAAUCUCCAUCUUAACGUCAGAAAUAGUAAGCUCCACGAAUUACAAAGCCCCUUCGCGAAUCGUGAAAGUCGCAGUAAAGCAACAGUCUGA